AGAUAGAUUGUAUCUGAAUAUAAUGACACUUUUUAUCAAAGACUCAACAUGAGGUUUGCCCACAGCUUGGCUUUCACACUCACAUGCCCAUUUUUAUGGUGGACAAUGGACUGCAAUUUCUUGUCAUCUUUAUAUCAGUGAGAAAGGUUCAGUCAGAUGGUUGAAUAUCAUUUCCUCUUAAAUGAAAAAUAUUUUUUGAGGAGAUCAAAUUUGUGUUGCCAGGAUGUUAUAAAGAUUUUAAGAAGCUUUGAUAAUAAACAUUAAGAGGAAACUAUAGUAUAAAAUCAAGAACUGAAUAAAUAAAUGUUACGUAUUUGGGAAAAUUUUCACAAUGGCAAUGACAGUGGAAUGGUGGAAGGACAAAGUUGCGGAGGAUAUUUAUGACACAAUGAGAAAAAAGGAACAAGAUAACUUUACAACAUACAGUUGCCAUUCCCCACAACUAUGGGCUAGAAGACAAUUAGUGGAUUGGAUAUCUGUAAUAGUGGAAAAUUUUAACUUAGAUAUCACUUCCCACCAUCUAGCUGUCUAUCUGUUAGAUUUCUUCAUGGAAAAGUUAGAAGUGGACACAAAUCAUUUAUAUCUGCUGGCUAUAGCAUGUAUUUGUUUAGCAGUAAAAUAUGAAGAACAUUGUGAGAAAAGACCAAGACUAGCUAGUUUAAAUGCCUUUAUACCAUCUCAUGGAUUACUGGACAUUAGAAAGUACACAGCGUCAGAAUUACGAUCUAUGGAACUAACAGUGCUAAGUUACUUUAACUGGAAUUUAUCUAUUCCAACAUGUGCUCAAUUUCUACCAUAUUAUUUAUUAGUAGCUGUGGACAAUUUAGACUUAAGAAAUGGUAUUCCUAUAUCUAGUAAAGAAGUUGUGGAAUCAUACUUACAGAAACAUACUCAUUACUUUCAGGAGAUUUCUUUACAAGAACACACUUUUAGGAGUUAUUUACCAUCAAUGAUUGCUGCAUCAUGUAUUGCUGCAUCUAGAAUCUGUCUCCACCUGACUCCAACGUGGCCAAAAAAUUUAGAGUUAAUGUCUGGUUAUUAUAUAGAAGAAUUAUUACCUUGUGUUCAUAUGAUGAUCAGAUUGCAACAACAUGAUAAACAGCAGCAUUCUGAUUUACAAGUAGUGCCUUCUAAUCCAUCUUACUAUCCUGUGAUACAAACUCCUUUUAUAGACAGUCUCUACAAACCUCCGUUUACCUCAGUGGAAUAUACAUCUUUUCAUGAUGACUAUACCAAAUCUGUUAUGUAUGCUCCCUCCAAGUCUCAGGUGAUAGCUGUAGGAAGGGAAUCAUGACUCGAAAACUUACAAAUGUGCUUUAUAGUAAAUUGAUAAUUAAGUAGUUUAAGUGCCCAUUGGUGAUAAAAUCAUCUGAUAAAGAGACCUGUAGUAUAAUACCAGAACUAUUUGUAGACCAUUGUCAAGUGAUCAAUUGCAGUUAAAGUUUUCCUAGUCUAAUGUUGAUGGAACUAAAACCUUACAGCAUAAUGAAAACUGUAGCAGGUUACUCAAAUCAUUAACAUUCAAUUGUAAAUAAUGUAGGUUUUAUUUGCUAUCAGGAGUUCAAAGGUUUGUUUUGAUUUUUCAUUGUUUGGAAAAAGGAUAGUAUGAUUUAUUCUCACUUUAUCCAAAAUAAGUUGAAAUUUUGAGACUUUUCACAACUGUGCAGUAUGGGAGAUAACUCUUCUCAAUUUUGUUUAUAAUCUGUCUCAGGUAUUUAUUUUGUAAUCCAAUUUAUUUUUAUAUUGUUUUGUUUCACAAAUUGUAAAAUAUUUUUUUCAUUUAUUAAAAACAUGCAUUUUACUGUACAUAAAAAAUUCCAAACACAUUAUGCAAUUACCUUCUGAAUGAAAUAAAUUGAUUUCAUUGUAGAUAUUUUUUCAAGUAACUACCAACUAUACAUGUCGUGAUCACUUGCAAUAAAUCUUUAAGGUUUGAACAACCAGCAUUUUAAUGUUCAGUUAUAUAAAGAAUGACAGAUUGUUAACUAAAAGAAUAAUAUUUGUAAAUGAUAUUUAAUUAUUAUAGUCUUCUUAUGAUGUAUUUGAAGUGAUAUUUUGAGCAUUUGCAAGAUAAAUUUAGAUAAAUCAUUGUUAGAAUUUAUUAUUAUACUCUCUCUGUUAUUUUCAAAACAUUUUGAUUGUGUUUGAUCUUUUCCGUCUCUUGAUCUCCUAAACAUAAUAAUAAUACAAUAAUGAUUUGAUGCAGUUUGUCAGGUAUUGUAUUAUUUGAAUCUAUAAUCUGAAGUAUAAAGGUUUCACAUUUCUUGGGCUGGAUAUUAAAUGUGUACUUGAAUAGACCCUUAUCUAAAUCCCUAUUAUUAAGAAUACUAUUGUGUCUCAUACUGAAGUAUUAAAUAUUCUGAUGGAUACAAUUAUUUGGAUUAGUCAGAACUUGUAAAAGUGCUCAGUGAUAAGGCAUCCUACACUUCAUUUAGGUAUGAAAAGUCACAUUAGACAAGAUAAACCAUCUUAACAAGACUAUUUUAAUGAAUAUUUCCUGACACUUUUUACUAGAGAUCUAGACUAUGUAGAAAUAGCCUGUAGCAGAUUUGAGAAGAAAAGCACAUUGAUUACCUAAUUACUGUACUGGAAAAAAUAUGACAAAUUUUAAUGAUGUUAGACACUUCUUUAGAAAAUAAUCAAUAUAUUUUUCUUGACAUCUGUUCCUAAUUUGUUUUCUUAAAUUUUGUAUUUCUGUACUCUUAUGGAGAACUAUUAUUGUAUCAAUGCAUUUCAAUUUGCUCUUGUUAUAUACUCUCCGUGUAUUAACGAGUGACUUGUUUGGUGAAUUAAAAAAAAAAUGUUCUUGAAUAUUAAAUCAAUCGGUUUCCUUAUUAAAUAGGAAGAAAUAAGAUUGGAAAAUGAAUUAUUUAUACAUAUAAAAAAUCAAUUCAAAUAGCUGAAAAAGAAAUAUUUUUAGGUAAACAGUCUCCAUGUUUUGAUAAUUUGUUAUCUAGUUAUUACUAUUUGGUACAAAUCCCCCUGAUACAUUUUAACCUUGUUCUGCUAAACUAAAAAAAUAUGGUCUUUUUUAAAUAACAAUAAUGAGCAGAAGAAGAAAUUAAAGGAAUAAAGCAAAAUGUCAAGAAAUGUUUGAAACUGAAAAAUAAUGUAGUUUAUUCUAUUUCGCUGAUUUUUCCUGUAUUGAAAGGGGAGAUAACUGUUAAAUAUUCUUGUGGAGGCCAGAACUAACCUAAAAAGUCUGUCAUUCCAAUGAUUUUUAAUUUGUUCAAUUCUUAAUAUUGAUUGUAACAUUUAUAUCAACAUAUGUUUGUAAAAUUUAUAGUCAAGACUAAAAUGUUGAACAUUUGGUCUUGUUUGUAUUUAAUUAUCUUUAUGUCAGAUCAGAUAUAUUUAGGGUUUAUUCAACAGACAUUAAAAAUUGUCAAGAUUUUGAAUUCAAAUAUCUACAUGACUCAAAACGUGUUUAUCAAAUUAUUUAUUGCUGAAUUUAUUCAUUAAAAGGGAAUAGGCUCAAAAAGGUUUUUUUUAAUUGCCCUUAAUAUCCAAAAAAAAAUAGCUUUUGAUUUUGAUAUCAUUGUGACAUCAUAAUUAUGUACUCUGACUCAGGAAAAUAUAUUUUAUAAACAAUUUUUAAUAGCUUUUUAUUUUAAAACCAUAAGGCACAUGCUCAAAGCAAAACGAUUUUUGUUAUAUUGUGUAUAUUACAUUUAUAUGCCUUUUGAUUACAAAUUUGUUGUCAGAAUGUGAUACAUGUACCCGCUUUUCUUAAAAGGAAGUAUUGUACAUAUUUGCUUUAAAGGGAAUGUUGUCAUAAAAUCUUGAAAAUUACCCAGUUUUGGAGAUAAACUGUUCUAAAUAAAUUGCACUUAAGAUUUAGAAAAAAUUGAUAUAUAUACUUAAUAUUAUUGAAAUUUCACAUCUGCUUAUUUGGUGCAAUGUAGCAAACUUUAAUUUUCAGGGUCAAAAUAGGGCAUUCCUGGAGACCUACUCCUUAACCAUUAUUUAAUGUUCUAAAUGUGAUAUAUGAUGCAAUGUUUUAAUUAUCACCUUAUUGUGUUCAAUAAUAUUGUUUGUUCAUAAUUGUUACAAUGUUGAACAUAUAAAUAAAAAAUUGAAGUAAA